UUUGAAAAAACCGUCGUCCAUUACGAGGAAGAGAUCGAUCGUCAGCGCCGGCUGUUGGAAAUCACAUUGAGCCCCCGAGUGCAGCUGCACAGAAUAGUUCUCUCAAUCUCCAUAAAAGAACCCACUCAGGCGAGAAACCUUAUAUGUGCACUAUAUGUGGGAAAAGUUUUUCUAAAAAAAGUACCCUCGUUGUCCAUAAAAGAACCCACUCAGGUGAGAAACCUUAUUUGUGCACUAUAUGUGGGAAAAGUUUUUCUGCAAAAAAUCAUCUCAAUGUCCAUAAAAGAACCCACUCAGAGGCUUAAGGUGAGACUGAGACUGCUGCCACGGGCCCGAUGUUUGUUUGACCAGCCCGUUAAGGUGAAGUUGGCCGGAUUGAGGCCGAGACAGGUGGUCACCCUGAGAGCCAGAUCACAUCAGGACAUGUCCUCUCAGCAUAUGAGAGACUUUAUCUGCCAGCGUCUAACUGCGGCUGCUGAAGAAAUAUUCUCAGAGUUUGAAAAAACCGUCGUCCAUUACGAGGAAGAGAUCGAU